GAUGCGGUACAAAUAGUGAGGCAAGUGAUUGGCAAAAUUUCAAAUAGUCGUCAGUGAACCGUUGAACUGCAUAAACGCUGUUUAUUAACAAGAAUAUAAAAGUUUGUUGUCAUAAUAUAUACUAUAUACAGAGUUUAGGAUGUCAUCCGUAACCGAUCAGAAUCAGAAUGAAGCCUCAGAAAUAAAACCAGGAACAGGUUUCGAAAUUCCAAAAUGGCUAACGGCAGAACUAUUUGAAAAUGUUCUUAUCGAGUCCAUUCCGAAAUUUCGAAAAAUCACACAUUUCGAGGCUAAGCCCGCAUUGGCUGCUGGAGAAAACUAUGCCACUGUCAUGCUACGUAUUCAUGUAGAUAUUGAAUUAACAGAUGCCUUAACGGAUUCGAUUUCGCUCAUGWUGAAGCUGCCACAGGAAAACGAAAUUCUUAAGGAUAUGAUGCGCAAGCAUAACAUUUUCGAARUCGAGUACAAGAUGUACCAUGAAGUUCUACCCGAGUUCAAGAAGAUGUACGUAAAUGCCGGRGUCAAUGCAAUGUUUUCCGCAAGUUGUUAUAACAUCGAUACACCUUCCGAAUUUGGAGUAAUAUUGCUGGAAGACCUUCGCCCACUUGGUUAUAAGAACGCCAAUCGAUUGGAGGGACUAAACUUGGUGCAUACAAAGGCAGUGCUUGAGCGUUUAUCGCAGUGGCAUGCUGCUUCGGCCACACGUGUCGAGACUAAAGGCAUAUUCCCGGAGAUGUUCAUUAAAGGUAUAUUCAGCGAAUCCCAGCGACAAACUAUGGAAGAUUUCAGUACAACAAUUAAAUCACAAUUUUUAUCGUCUGUAAAAACAAUUAAGGGUAGCGAAGAUUACAUGGACGACUUGGUGAAUGUUUUCAAUUAUAUUACCGAACUAUUAUUCAAUACAUCAAAGUAURAUCCAAAUGAAUUUAACGUUUUGAACCAUGGCGAUUGCUGGAGCAACAACAUCAUGUUUAAAUACGAUGCUGAAGGGAAAAUUGUAGACACGGUCCUCAUCGAUUACCAAAUGGUGAAUUAUGGCUCUCCUGCGAAGGACUUGCUGUACUUCUUGGUAUCGUCUACUGCAUAUGAUUUAAAAAUCAAAGAAUUCAACUAUUUUAUUAAAUUCUAUCACAAAAACUUAGUGAAAAACCUAACAAUUUUAAAGUAYCCCAAAAAAUUGCCGACAUUGAAAGAAAUUCAUUGUGCAAUUAUAAAAUAUGGAAUAUGGGCAUUAUCGACGUCUUUCGGUGUUAUGGCAGUGGCUUUAUUGGAAUCUAAUGACGAUUCUAAUAUAGACAGCUUCAUUAAUGAUUCGGAUGCUGGUGAUCGGUUCAGAAAUUUGAUGUUCUCCAACCCCCGAUACCGCAAACAUUUGGAAAUUUUGAUGCCAUGGAUGAGCAAUCGCGGUGUUUUCGAAGUAUGARUUUUAAUUACCACAACCCUUGCGAAUCGAAUGGGAAACACUGAGUGAUUUUGUAAAUACAAAUAGAUUUUUUAGGCAUUAAUGCCAUUCAAAUAAUCCAUUGGAACACUAAACGCUCUUCUGUAAUGCAGCAGUGGGCCAACUUCUGUCCUACAUCAGCUUAUUGUAUCUCCGUACUAAUAUCAACGGGAAUAUGAAUAUUAAAUUAAGCUCACAUAAUAAAAGUUUUCGUAUUUUAUAUAAAUGUAUAACAUUGCAAGUCAAAAUAACAACAUAAAAAGUAACAUUCCAUAAUUAAUUUAUAAUUUUGUACUUCCUUCCUAAUUGCUAGCUAAGCUUCUGCUAAUGCAUUCUUCUGAAUGCAUUGCCAUGACCUCAUUUACGAUCAAAAUAUUCACUUUCAAUGCUUCAUAUUGUGGAAGUUCUCGCUGCUUUAAUUUUUAGAGAAAGAAACAAGUCUAUAGUUCACUGAUACUCAUCCAAGAUAUUUUUUACGAGCCAUCGAUGUUUUAAGAGYAAAUUUUUUAAGGCUCUCUUAAAAAAGUGAUCAAGUACAUGAGUACCUUAAAUUAGCUGAAGAAAACACAAUAUGCACUUGUAUGAGAAAGCUUUGGCGCAAAAGCUCUUUUUGAGCAAAAAAAUAUACAAACUCGUAUUUUUAAUAACUUGUUAAUCACCUCAUCGCUUCAAUUCAACGUCGUCUUAGGCCGGAUUAACAAAGCAGUCUAAAUUACCCAAGAAGAAAUCGAACGAAGCUGGAUAGUGAAAAUACAAGUAAAAUUAUAGUAAAAUACAAAGAAAGCAAUUUGAAAAAUAUUCCAGACGCCGUUGUAUUUACUACUUUGUAUCCUUUUAUAGAACCGAAAGUGAUUUUGGACAUUUUGAAGUCAUUCUGACUGUAACUUUUGCGAAGCUUCGUUCUUUUCAUAUAGUUAGUAAAAUUUCAUUUCCACGCCUGCAGAAAGAAUUUUUUUCAGUAAUUGAAAUUUUGAACUGAAACUUUUAAAAAAUUUGCAAUCUUAUUUAAAUGAUUUAAUGCCACUAGGUGCACAUCUAUCAACACCAAUUAAAACUAAAUUGAAGCGCGAAASAAUUAAUGUAAGAUGUUCUUCCAAGUUGAAAGUGAAUCACAACCUGGAAUGUACAUGUCGCAGCCGCAGGGGAUUUCUACCUUUUAUAUUCAAUGCAGAUUCAGAUACAUAUGUAUUUGUGUGCGUUAAGAAAUCGCAUCACAUGUCCCGGUAAUAAACAGACAUUCAAUGUACAUAUAUGUAUGUAUAUACUAAAUUUAUAAUGCAAGCAGGCAACAGUUCGAAUCAGCCAAGUACGCUCACAACAGACUUAUCAAUCAAACAUUAUUAGUGGCACUCACGGUUCUUGUGAUAUUGCCUAUCGCAUAGUGAUAAUGAUACCAUAUAUAGAAAGUGUCGAUAGUGGCCCAGGUAUAAUUCGGAAAAUAAUCAGUUGGGGUGAAGUAAUUGUUUUCAACGAAUAUAAUUCGACUUAUGCGAAUUCGGAGCAUUCUUAACCAAACCAACCACAUUUCAUACCAGAACCAGCAAUCUUCGGCAAACAUUGGGUGCGACCGCUGCAAUUAGGCAAAUAUAUAMAUCUUUAUAGCAAGAGGUAAAUGUUAAUUAUCAAGUUUGUCCAAUUUAGAAUUAUACUUUAUAAGCAAACACACUAUGUAUGCUUCUUUCGAUAUAAAAUAAAGGAAAUGUGCUGAGAAAUACUCAGUACCAAAAACGCCA